UUAAAAAAAAUCUUCCUACAAGAGGUCGAACUGUUCAGCAAGCUACGAUAUCAACUAUAGGAACCAUUUUAUCGAAGGCUUUCAAUAUGUUGUGUGGGGUUUUGUAUCCAGAAAAAUGGCCGCCAACACUAGCUUUUCUGUUUGCAUUACCAUACGCGCUGCCAGUCGGUUCAGCAGGAGAGAGUGUUGCUGGUGACGUGGCCGAUAGCAGCGUGUCACGCCUCGCUUUCAGUGUGCAAUGGAAGUCAGCCCCACAGGUGACCUUUUGCAGCAAUUGAUUGGAAGAUACUCGCAACCUCUUCCUUUCUGUGAGACUACGCUCUCACCUAUUCACAGACCACACUUACGCUGCAGCUGAUUUUAGAAGAAGCUCUAGCCAGCGCUGUUAGGGCUAUUUCACACAUGCCGGUUUAAGGGGGAGCUGCCAACCGGGAAGUCAGAGCCGGCGCCUGGUCAUUCACACACCGCCUCCAUUCAUUCAUCUGUCAUUGUGUGCAGCACCUGGACUGUGUGUGGUGCUGGAUUUUCUUCAGUAGCUUUAAUUGGUCCGAGGCACUCGCUGGUGAUUGGGUAGAUGUAGGAUUUAUAGAUGUCUUCCUUGUGCUAGAACAAGUCUAUGAAUAGUCUGUACAGUAAUAAGUAGUAGGCGUGUGAUUGCCUGGCGGCUUGUCUGAUUCUCCAAUAGGUCUCAUUAAGAUGCUGCUUUGGCUGAAGGAUUUCUAUACAGAGGAUUAUUAGUCAGCUCUUCUGCAUACAGUUACUAGUCUAUUGCUAGCAAUGUUCUAUUGACUGUUAAAUUUGCAGUAAAAUAAACUUUAGUACAUUAGAGUAUAAACUUAUUGACCUAAUUUACUUUUACACUUGCGCAUAAUGUGGGCCAAAACCGUAUGUGUGGGCCUGCUGGCCUUUGCAGUGGGUGUUUUGCAUCAUCUGCAGCCUGGAAUCCCAGAGGCUGCCAUGGGCUACCUCUCCUCAUCCCUGCAAAGUCUCUCCUUCAGAGAGACUUCCAGCACUCCAUCUAUUGAAGAAACCCUAUCUGCUGCCUGGGACCAGCUCAUUGUAGCACCUUCCAAACAUUGGGGAAAAGUAGCAGUGGGGGUGAAUGCAUGUGUUGACGUGGUAGUCUCAGGGGUGAGUGUGUUGCAAGCUUUGGGUUUGCACCCCCAGCCGAGUGGAGAUCACCUAGUCCUCGACACACAGGAGGAGCUGGCUGCUACGUUUCUGCACUACAUGCAGCGUGGUGCAGCUGCUGAGCGUUUCUAUAGUGAUGCCAACAGCUUUCAGCAUAUCUCCCGUACUGCCUCACAGGACCCAGGAGCCAAGCACUUUGUUGGAGGAAACGCUGCUCUUAUUGCCCAGAGAUUGGCAGCUCACCCUGAUAUGGAGGUUCUCCUUUGUGGACCAAUAGGACCUAAGCUUCAUGAACUGCUAGAUGAGCGGAUCUUGGUGCCACCAUCAUCUCUGCAGGAGCAGGAUGAAUAUCAUUUGAUCUUGGAAUACAAAGCUGGGGAUCAGUGGGGCUCAGGUCAUGCUUCAGCUGCCAGCAGGUUUAUUUUUUCUCAUGACUUGUCGAAUGGGGCCAUGACAUUGCUGGAGGUUCUGCUUUCUAGUCUGGAGGAAUUUCAGCCAAAUUUAAUGGUUCUGUCUGGACUGCACAUGAUGGAAGGAUUAAGUCAUGAAAACAGGGUCAGCCGCUUACACGAGGCUGCCAUUGCUUUAUCCGAUGUCCCUUCAGAUGUCGUCAUUCAUUUGGAGCUGGCAAGUAUGACGGAUGGGGACUUGAUGAGAGGAAUCAUCCACCAGCAGGUCUUCCCUCUGAUUAGCUCUCUGGGACUCAAUGAACAGGAGCUGCUGUUCCUCAGCCAAUCGGCAUCUGGUCCUCACUCCACCCUGUCCACGUGGUCGGGAGUUCCCGAUGUCGGAAUAGUGAGUGACAUCUUGUUAUGGAUCCUUCAGGAUUCUGCCCGUGGAGACUCCACUCUUACCAGAGUUCAUUUUCACACUUUGGCCUAUCAUAUUAUUGCCACCAUUGAUGGCUUCUGGGGAAACCAGGUAGCUGCGGUAGCUGCAGGCGCCCGGGUUGCUGGAGCUCAGGCUUGUGCCAGCGAAAUAAUUGAACCAUCACGAGUAAUACUGAAGAGUCCAUUGGAGUUUUCUACAUCACAAACAGACAAGGGCCCAGUUGCCAGAAUAAGUGCAAAGGAACCAGUGGCAGUGUGGCGUAAAGGAGGCGUUACCUUCCAUUUCACACCAGUGCUGGUCUGCAAGGACCCAACUAGGACAGUGGGAUUGGGCGAUGCUAUAUCUGCAGAGGGCUUGUUGUUCUCUGAGGCCAAGACUCGGUGAAGUCACAGUGCUUCCCUUCAGUAUCAGGUUUGCUGACAUCGAUAAGAAGCUGCUCAGAGCCAUCUUACGCAUUUAUAACCCUCUCCUAUUCAGAUGGUCAGCGGAGCGAACACCCUGGAUAUUUUAUACGAUAGUGGAUGCUAUAAGACGUUACAGGAAAUGAGCAAAGGAAAUGAAUGGAUACUAGGUAGUUAAAAUAAUUAUAUAUAAAAUUUGCAACAGGUCAGGGUGCUAGCAACCCCAACAUGUGCUCACUAUGACCAUGGAUUGAUAUACAUGAGAGAAAAUCACUUGUAUAAGUCCUGUUUUAAAGUUCUCUCUGCACAGUAUUGCUGUAUUGUCCAGCUGCACUGCUGACUUCUCCAGUCUUGUGCUACGUACCCACUGUAAUUAUAUUUAUGCAUUUUACAUUUGUUUUCAAUGCAAGUUACUCAUGUAAACGGACGUGACUAAACUCACUGUUCUGACUUGGCCCAUUCACAUCUGCUAUAUAUCUUUUUUUUAUAUUUUUACAUGUGUUAAACUUGCUUUCAUUUUGGUGCUUUAGUUGAAAAUUAUACAAUUGUCUCUUAAAAUACAUGUAAAAAGCAUUUCAAACAUAUUACCAUGUGUGACUUUCAUAUACGGUUUUAUUGCAUCUUAAAUGCCAGUGAGUAUGUACCCUUAUGCUGCACCUGGUCAUUUGUGCAACAUUAUCUUAUUUAACAAGGGCCUUACUUCCCAGGAUACUGGAAUAAAUGGGUUUCAUGACAUUGGUAUUUUCCUCAGGCAGGUGUUUUAUGCUUUCAUCCGCAGUAAUGUGUGAGAAAGCCAAAUACAAAUAACUUUUUCUUUUCAAGUCUGCAGUAAAAAUGAGAUUCUACUUCUUUUUCUAUUAAACUCCUUAUUGGGAGCAACUGUUGGACAUUGGCAUUGAAUUAAACAUGUUUUUAAUAUUUUAAAAGUUAAUAUGUUAUGUGAAUGUAAUAAGGCAGCAGUUGUUAAUUUCUACCAUGCCCUGCCCUCACAGGCUGUCUGGGCAUGAUGGGCCCCUACUUCCACAACUCUACAGUUCACAUUUGCCUGUAAUACUGUUACAGCCUCUCAGACACUGAUUCGUCUUAAAGAUUAACCCUUUAUCUCUGGCAUAUGAAAGAUAUAAAAAUAUCAGUUUGUUUUCAUUAUUGGUAGGGUCUAGCAUUGUACACUCUUUUCAGCUAUUUCCCUUCCCUUUCUGGUUUUAUAUGCAUCCAUCUCUGGACCCCUGGCUAUGAUGGAGUUUUGGACCAAAAAUAUUUAUACAAUUUUUUUUUUUACUGUUACUUUGUGCAACUUCUAUAUUUGAAUAUUUUUUAAAAUGUGUUAAUUUCCCAAGCUUAAUUUAUUUACUCAACAGUCCUACUUUUUUUUUUUUUUCUUUUGCAUUUAUGGCUGGGACAACUGCUGUUUCAAACUGAUGUUACUGUUCCAGUUCUAUACUAGAACACUUUGAUCAGUUAUUUAUGUACUUCUUGUUAUAGCAGGUCAUUAAUAAUGGUAAUGUGUGAUUUAAGAAGAUGACUUUACACUCGGGGUCUACUCUACUGUUACCAGUGAAAGAAUACAAAGCUAGUCCAAUUGUCUGAUUAGAAUAGAUUGUAUGAUUAGGCAUGAGGGCAAAUACAGUAAGAGGACAGCAGUCUAUCUUGUAUGUGUGUGUACGUACCUGUGUCUUACUCCGUGAAGAGAUAACGUUGCAUAACAUUGUGCACUAAACAGCUGGGCCUUGUCUAAGCUACUGGUUUGUAGGUGCACGGGUUACUUUUUGUCAUUGCAUCAUUGUCAUUUUCCCCCAUUCAGCUUUGGUGUAAAUUCUUCAUAUUUUGGAUCACUGGAAAAUUCUACUUUUGUAACUAUGUGAGAAGUACUGUGUAUCCUUUUUUUUUUUUAAAUAAAGGUGUUUUCUUAUCCAAUAA